AUCUAGGGCUAUUAGAAAACGUGCAAGGCUUCUUUCCUCCCAAAUCCCCUGAGCAAGGCCCCCGUCGGCUAGCGCCGCAGCCGUCGCCGUCGACGCCGACUCUCACCGGCAGCCGCUUGCAGCGCGUCCCUUCCCCGCUCCCGGCGCCAUGGACUGCGCAAAGGGAAGGUCGAUGGCGGACCUCUACGACGAGCUGAUGUUGGAGAUCUUCUCGCGCAUGCCCGUCAAAGACCUCCGCCAUUCCACUUACGUGUGCAAAUCUUGGCGCAACCUCAUCACCGACCCCCUCAACGGCAAGAAGCUGCCCCAGACCCUGGAAGGCUUCUUCCACGGCGGCGUCGGAGGGCCUCGCAGCUACGGCCAUUUCACCAGCCUGCCGGGGAGCGGAGUGCCUCCGGUCGACCCUUCCUUCUCUUUUAUCAAGGCAAUGGUGCCUGGGGUCGAGCGCAUGGUCCUCUUGGAUUCUUGCAACGGGCUCCUGCUCUUUGGGUGCACGCGGGAGGGCAAGUUCGGGUACAUCGUGUCAAACCCUGCGACCAAGAAAUUGGUGACUGUGCCCGCCAGCUCCGGCUCUUGUCCGCCUCCACCUUUAUUUGCAUUUGAAGCGGAAGUCGAUUAUGAUAGUGGGGAAAAAUAUGCACACACCUUUCUGAUGUUUAACCCGGCUGUCUCCUCGCACUUCCACUUGUUCCAGAUCUGGCAGGAUAUGACGGUGGAGGAUGUGGAAACGGUGCACUCUUACUCGUCUGAAACGAAGGCAUGGAGUGACAGGUCAAGCAAGUGGCGGCGAGGUGAAGAGGGCAGUGAAUGGGGGCUGUGGGGUGAAUGCCUCAUCAAAUUCAGGAUGGGCAGGGCUUUGAUCAACGAUCUGCUGCAUUUUGUUGGCUUCGAUUCUCAGAAACAAGAGGAUGUGAUAGUUGCAGUGGAUGGGGAAGGGAAGACUUGUAGGAUCAUCGACUGGCAUGGUAAGGAUGUGAGAUUAAUCAUUUUUAUUGGUCAAUCCCAAGACCGUCUGCACUGCAUCGGUGUCAAUACGAAAGCAGGUCAAGACCAUAUACACAUCACGCGGAUGUCAAUCUGGGUUCUUGAGGACUAUGAUACAAAAGCAUGGAUCCUGAAGCACAGUGUGGGCUCUUUGCAGUUUUUUGGAUUACUGGGUCGCCUGGUCCAUGAUUUCAAUAUUGUGGCCAUUCAUCCAGAUCACAAUUCUAUCAUCAUUGUUCAGCACUGGAACCAGAAACUUGUAUCAUAUAACAUGGAUACCCAGGAACUGCGUGGUCUCCGCACUCUUGAAAAUGGCUGUGCCUAUGUGGCUAUUACCCCAUACGUUCCCUGUUUCUUGGAGUCAUCAGUUCUUGCCACCAAAGGUUGAGGUUGUUGCUUUUUGGAGACUUCUCUGCAUGUUCAGCAAUAGCUUGAUCAUCCAAGUGUGGGGCAAACUAGCAGUGUGGGUAAACCUACUAGAAUCAGGUGGUGCAAAGUUGGAUUACAUGUCUUUAGGUGAUCUAUUCUGAUGGUGCUUUAAUGUCCUCUUGUAAUGCUGUGAGAAAGCUCUUUACAAGACAGCAUGCAGGUUAGCAUUACAUAUUACUAGUUCGAGCUGCCCAACACAUGUAAGUUCUCAGUUUUGAGUUUCAGAUGCUACACUUUGUGUUUCCAGAAUGAUGUCUCCAUCUUUUUUGUGUGCUUCCUUUUUCUCGGCCUAUAUUAGCGAGCCAUUACUGACUGAAUUUGUGCUUGGUCGGUGCUGUAUAUGUAUUUUAUGCUGGGAAAUGCAUUUAUCUUCCAC